AUGAAAGCCACAACCAAUCGCUGCUCCAAACAAUAUGGCGUUCGCCGCACGAGAGGCGCCAUCUGGAGUGAGAGCGACACACUUUCUCGCAAUAUGUCUCUCGAAGAGCGGACUCUCGUCGUGCGCGCCUUCGACUCCCGCGUCCACAAAGACCUUCUGCGCGAACUCUUCGUCCAGGUUUGUGUCCAUUUCCCUGCCUUUCCCUCCACUAACGCCUUCUCCCCAAAGGCCGGUCCCGUCGUGAACGUCGUAUUGCGGACGGACUUCGCGUACAUUGAGUUCGAACACAAGGCGUCCGUCGGAUACGCGCUCGCUCUCUUGGACGGCGUCUGUCUCUAUGGCCGCCAACUCUUCCUCGAGCCCCGAGUCCGCGAUGACUCCGCCUAUCACUUCGUGGACGCCAUCUCUCAGUUCAAUCACGUGAUGAACUCGAAUCCCGACUUCUUCCGCCAAUUCACGGCGCCC